AUGUACUACUGUGAACCAGGCCUUUCCCUGAUGGAUAGGCUUAAUCUCAUUUCAGAUGAUGUGGAAUUCACUACUUUUAUAUUUGAUGCUUAUGGAACAGAUGGUGUAAUUUCUGUUUAUAUCGAUCAUGUUGGAGUGGGAGUAGAUGAGUGGUUUGAUGACGAGGAGGGUGAUGAUGAUCAUGAGUCUUGUAUUGAUGGUGAAAAUGAGGAUAAUAUAUAUGAACUUAGGAAUGGGAAUGUGGAAUUUAAUGACGAUGUAGUUAUUAUGAAUAGGACAUCAAAUGAUCCUUUCCUGAGUAAGUUAUGUGUUGAUGAGGGUGAGGAUAACAACAUUGUAGAUGAUGAUCAACCACCCAUGCAUUUGUUGGAUUAA